GGACAUUAAUUUGUUAAACUCAUAGGCAUGUACUAAGAAUCUUGUUCUUAGAUGCUUCAAUCCAGACAAAGCAACACAUCACAGGUAAGUUUUGUUAACGCACAGUGCACACGUGUGGUUCUUAUUUAUAGCCGAAGUAUCUUCAAUAGUCAAAGCUAUAUGCCAAAAUAAUGGACAAAACUCCAAAACAAACAUUAAUAAACCCUUUAUUUGUUCUUCACUCUCUGCUUUGAUUGAUUUUCAUGAUCCGUUGGAUGAUUUAAUUACAUGGGUAUCUUCUUAAAUUUAUUGGUUUUAUCAUUUUUAUUGAUUCUUGCUCCUGCGAAUACCACCACCACCACCACCCAUCUUCAAUCCGCCGAUGAAGGGUUCAUUUCUGUUAUUUUAUCCAACAAAGGUAUCGCCAAGGAUAUUUUAGUAAAAAAGGCAGUGUCUUCCAUAAUUCCACUGGACUUGCCUGAUAUAGAAAAGUCUAAGAAAAUCCGAGCUAUCGGAAAAGUUGACGUUGUUCUUUCAGACAUCAGAAUAAAUAGUGUUGGCAUCGGCUCUGCUUCUGUUCAAACUGGAGAGGAUGGUAUUUCUUUAGCUGUUUUAGGUGCUACUGCUGAUUUGACCAUGAAUUGGAAAUAUUCUUACAAGAAUUGGGUGGUGGUUAUUUCCGGCAGUGGAGCUGCUUCUGUUCAGGUUAAAGAUAUGGAAGUUGGGGUUACUGUUAGUUUAAGAGAAGAAGAUGGAACUCUUAAGUUGUCUCUGAUGGACUGUGGUUGUAAUGUGAAAGAUAUGUCUAUCAAGUUGGAUGGUGGAGCAUCUUGGCUUUAUCAAUUGAUAGUAGAUGCUUUUGAAGGACCAAUAGCAUCUGCAAUAGAAAAAGCUAUUUCCAAGAAGAUCAAAGAAGGGAUAUCGAAACUCGACUCUCGAUUGCAUUCGCUUCCAAAGCAGUACUCUGUAGAUCAUGUUUCUGCAAUGAAUGUUACUUUUGUGGGUGAUCCUGUGCUGACUAAUUCUUCCAUUGAAUUUGAUAUCAAUGGAUUGUUCACCGCGCUGGACAAUGUUUUCAUUCCUUAUGAUCAAUAUGGAAAGAUACAAGCUUCUCGUUCCUCAAAAUGUCCGGCUAAGAUGAUUCGAAUUUCAUUACAUGAAGACGUUUUUAAUACAGCUGCAGCUGUAUACUUCAAUGCAGGUUAUAUGCAUUGGACUGUGGAUAGAUUUCCGAAUCAAUCCGUCUUAAACACAUCGACAUGGAGAUUCAUAUACCCUCAACUGUACAAGCAGUAUCCGAACGAUCUUAUGACACUUAACAUAUCACUAACUUCUCCACCAGAGAUAAAAAUUCUAUAUAAUAAUAUCAACACCACCAUUUACUUAGACGUGACCGUCAAUGUUUUGGAUGUGAACGGAGCUAUAGCAGUUGCAUGUGUAUCGUUGGUAGUUAAAACUUCAUGUUCUCUUCAUAUUUUGAGCAACAAGCUAGUUGGCAUCCUAAAGUUAAAAAACUUUACCGUGUCGAAUAAGUGGAGUAAAAUCGGGGACCUGCAUAUGCAUCUAAUACGGCCGGUAGCUUUCGCUGUUCUUGAAACCAUAUUCAUCCCGUAUAUGAAUAUUCACAUGAUGAAGGGAUUACCUUUGCCAAUUCUUCAUGGAUUUACACUUCAUAAUACUGAAAUUCAUUGCAAGCCUUCAAAGAUGACGAUCUGCAGCAAUAUCGCGUUCUCGCAUUGGGAUUAUCUCAGUGAUCAGUAGUUAAUGAUACUUCAAUGCUUGUACAGAAAAUUGGUUAGAUUCAUAUGCUAUGGUAGGUGUAUAUAAAUAUGUAGCAUAAUAAAACAGUUUGUUUAAGAACUUGAUCAAUUCAAUUCAGCAUUGAAGUUGUGCAGUGAUGUGGUAA